AUGCACAAGAGGAUGCAGCAACAUGCCAAUAUACAAUGGAUUGUACCACCAUUUACCUGGCUCAAACUUAACUGGGAUGUAGCUUUUAGAGAGGAAGACUACAGAAUUGGAGUUGGAGUGGUGAUUCAAGACAGUGAGGUUGAAGUUUUAGCUACCUUAAUGCAACCACUUACCUUCUAUUUACAGCCAGAUAUUGCAGAAGCUAGGGGAUUACUCACAUCUACAAGAAUGUGUAAGGAAUUGAACGUGCAAGAUGUCAUCUUCGAAUGGGACUCAAAUCAUGUAGUAACUACUAUGAGACAAAGCACAAUGCAAAAUGGGAUACUAAGCUGUUUCGUGGAGGAUACUAAAGCCACAUUUCUAGAUACAAACUGGAAAAUUCACCAUGUGAGAAGAGAUGCUAACAAAGUGGCAUAUCAACUAGCUAAAACAGCAGUUUCAUUUAGUCAAGAAACUUUUGAUAUAGGCUAUGUAGAUCCUUGUAUUAUAUCUCUUGUAAUGGCUAAAGGCCAUAACACUGGUUGA